AGUCAUUCUGUGUUUUCUAGUUAAUAUUAGUUAUUAUAGUUUUAACUAAAAUAAUCUACUACGAUGGCCACCAAAGCAUCAUUACAUAUGCAAAUCUUCUCAAAGCACUUGGGACAGAUCAAGGCAGUCAUUAAGGGUCAGCCGCUCUGCUUGCAGCGCUCGCAGCCUACAUUGCUGGCACGCCUCUAUAGUACGGAGAAGCAACAACAACCGGCGGUCGAGGAAAACAAUGCGGCUGCUACCGGCGAGCAGAAACCAGUUGCGAAUCCUGAAAUUGAGCGCCUUACGCAGGAGCUACAAGCGGCAAAGGAGCAGCACAAUGAGCUACUGGACAAAUAUAAACGUUCGUUGGCAGAUAGCGAGAAUAUGCGAAUGCGCCUGAACAAACAGAUCAAUGAUGCUAAAAUCUUUGGCAUACAAAGCUUCUGCAAGGAUUUGCUCGAGGUGGCCGAUACACUGGGCCAUGCCACACAAGCGGUGCCCAAGGAGAAGCUCAACGAAAAUGCUGAUCUGAAGAACCUAUACGAGGGUCUGACAAUGACACGAGCUUCUUUGUUGCAAGUAUUCAAGCGUCAUGGCCUUGAGCCGCUGGAUCCCAUCAAUCAGAAGUUCGACCCCAAUCUGCACGAAGCUUUAUUCCAAAAGGAGGACAAAACUGUGGAGGCCAAUACCGUUGUGGAGGUUACCAAAUUGGGAUAUAAAUUGCACGAGCGCUGCAUACGCCCCGCUCUCGUGGGAGUGUCGAAGUGUUGAUAUUCCCUAAGUCUGUUAACCCUACCCAGACCUCCAUUCACAUCGUUGCUUUUACCCGGCGCAAUCCCUUUUACAUAGCACAGCAUCGUAUUCCUAAGUUGUUUGCAAAUUUGUCUUAUGCUGCAAAAUUUAUGUAUGUAAACCAAUCUAUGUAAAUACAAAUAAGUUAUGAAGUGCGUGCGAAUUUAAAAUUCGUUUUAGAAGCAGACGACAAAACUGUUCCCCUACCCCCUAGUUAUUUAAGCAGAUUUAUGGCCGAUUUGUGGCUACGAAUUUUGACUCUCGACGCAGCCCCAAAACUGGCCACUCAAGUCUCUAGAAUUAUGUAUACAAUAUAGUACAUAAUAAAUGAAAUUUUUAGUUUGUUUUUCAA